UCCCGUCGCCGCCGGCAGCCAACUACCCACUCCUCUUCCACCUCGGGAUCCCUCCCGAUCCUUCUCCACCCAACCAGCGCCUCUCCUGGUCUCCUCCUCGUUUUCCCCUCCUCUGCUCGUUCGUCCCCGAGCAUCUCGCUCCACUAGCAGGCCAGCGCCUCCACCGUCGCCGGCAACCGCGUCACCAUGACCCCCGCGGCCUCAAGCCCCUCGUGCCGAGCAACCCUCCUGGUCGCCUCCCUCCUCCCGUGCUUCGAUACAGGGUGGAUCGGAACCAGUGCCCGAGCCCUCCUCUACCUCUCCUCGAGCUCGGCCGCCUCAACGUCGUUUUCCCCUUCGCCUCACAUCUCUCUCUCUCUUUCUAAAUCGCAGCAACAUGAGCCUCGCCAUGAACGCCCGUCGCCGGACGUCUCCGCAGCCGUUCCUCGCCAAAUCCCACGUCGCCUUGAACGGAGGCCACCUCGUGCCGCCGGUCGCCUCCCCAUGCCAAAUCCGGAGCGCCCAGUCCUCUGUCUCCACGUUGGCUCCGUCGCCUCGUCAAGUUCCUGGAGCUGCUGCUGCUCCCUGCAUCGCCCCGCGCUCGCUGCCGCCUUCAGCCACCCGAGGUCCUCCUCCUCGCCGCCGCUGCUCCGGCGAGCACCACCAGGACGCCGCCGCCAUGGCCUCAGCUCUCCGCCCGCCUCCGCCCACGUCCUCGACUGGAUCCACCGGCCGCGCCAAGUCCCGCAGCCGCUGACGUCGCCGCGUCUUCUUCCCCUGCGCUGCUCGAGAGAGAGAGCCGCACCCAAGCCCCGUGCUGCACCUCUGCUUCGUUCGAGCAGAGGAUGACGCCUCCUUGUCCGCUUCGCCUUGGCCUGCCUCCUCGUUGCGGGCCUCUACACCGAACGGCCCAAGGCCACUAGGUAAGCAGACCCAGAUCCAGCGCUCACUAGUCAGGCCCAGUUCCAGCAGAUUCGGCCCGACUAAUGUUUUUUCCCUCUGGGUGAUUUUAGCUAUUUAUCCAGAGAACGCCUGUUUUGCAGAAGAGCCCUCAUGCCUCAUACAUUUAAUAUCUCACAAACCGUGCAUCAUAUGUAAAUAAUUUAAAUAUGUAAAAUGCUUCGAAUUUCAUCUAGUUUCAUAAUAUUCAACGUUCAUCCGUGAUUAAAAUGUUUAAAAUGUUGUUUGCAUUUAAUUUGCAUUAAUAAUAUGUUAACAUGGUUUAUUUCAUAUCUAAUUAACCGUAGCUCCGAAUUAAAUAAACUUUAUAUGUAAAUGGGGUAAAAAAAUGCAUAGAUUAACAUGGUGCACGUUAUUUUCCUGUUUAACAACUCUAAAAUAUGGCUUAGGGCAGAACAGUAGCAAAUUCGGAAUAUGCAUAUGGGGAUUUUUCGGAAUUGUUGUUUGUGU